AUGAUAAAGUCAAGAUACUCCACGUACUUAUUAAAUUAUCCGUCAAAUAACUCCGUUACUCCAAUAAGAACUUGUCGAGAGGACAAAUAUGUGCUACCUAAUUUUUAUCAGACGAAUCAUAAUCCAUAUUCAAAUUCCUUGUGGAAUACGUCGGAAGAAAACAGAGAAGCUUUGAAAAGAAUAAAAGAAAGCGCUGCUAGCAAACGCACAAGGGAAGAUGAUUGUUCUGACGAUUUGGAGAAACAAUCAAUUAUAUGGGAAUCCGAACAGGAGCCUCAGAGCAAGAAGACCUAUUCUCCAUUAGAUGUUGAAACGUUUAGUCAAAAAAUGAACUUGGAUUCAGCAAGACCUGACUCGAAGACUUUAUCGUUCAUCCAGACUCUUCAAAAGCUUUUAGAGUCUGAGCAACAAUACUUCGAAAUGUUGAGUCUAUGUUUAUCAACUUACAAGGAAGAAGCAUGCCACAACAAGAAAUUUAGGAACAAAUUGUUGAAUAGAGCUUCAAACGAUGAGCUAUUGUUGUUUGGGAAUUUAGAUACGAUGGCAGAGUUAAGUAAAUUAUUCUGCAAAAAUUUAUCAGAAUGCUUGAAAGUGACAGAUGCUGGUACUCAGAGCAGGAUUUGGAAGGAAAUUAAAGGGAGUGACAAGUUAUGUCAAAUUAUACUUGAUACUGAUUUCUCUACGUUGAUAAAAUCUCAUUUACAUAGAAUCAAGUCCCCAUAUCAUAGCUACUGCAUCUGUCAUGAGGAAAGGAAACGAUUUCUAGACUCGAUCAAAUUGCAAAACACGGAAACGUUUUACAAGUGGUACGAGUUAUGCUUAAAAAAAUCACAAUUUGAGAAGUUAGAAGACCUCUUGGAGUUGCCAUUGGAGAGGCUAGGCCAAUGGGGGUCAUUGUUCGAGAACUUAUGUUUAUUUGGUGACAAUUUGCUAUCACCAGAACGGUCUGUUCAGAUGAAUGCGAUAUCAAAAGAAUACAUUAGUUAUCUAAGGGAUCUAAACGAUGAACUAAAUAAUUCCGGACGUGCAAAGGAAAGCAUUUUAGGAGAAGAAAAUGCGGUGACUCAAGAAAAGGAGAAUGACAACAUUUCUUCAAAAUCUGGAUCCCGUGGAGGUUCACAAAUUUCCAAAUCAUCUAGUUUUUAUUCAGAUAUCCCAUCAUUUACAAGAGUAGAAGAAGAAGUACCACAAGGAGAACCAACAGGCGCGGUCCUCCACAAUUCACAUUUGAAUAGCAUCGAAGAAAAAGAAGAAUCAAAGUUCAACUCAUCGAAUUCACUGAAGGACUGCAUCAAAGAGUUCAACAACAUAUAUGCCAACCUCCAAAAAUGGGAUAAAGCUCUGUGCAAGUUGGAAUUAGCUAAAGUUUUGGAUAGAACUCUGACUAUCGCAAUCACAUGGAAAAAUCUAAUAGAGUUCGAACCGCCUAAUGAAAUGUUUCACUCUGGUGAUAAUGAAAGAACAAUAUAUGGAACAUAUGUCGAGAAAAUCGAUAAACAACGUCAACAAGUGAUGAUCUUACAACUCCAAGAUCUCCGCAGGAAAGUUAUUAAACCUUUGCAACACCUACUACAACGAUUUGCUACCGUGAAGCAAAAGCUGGCAGACAGAAAUUCACUGAAGAAAGAGUACAUGGCAUAUCUGCGACAACGCGACACUGAAACCCACGACGCCAAAAAACAAAUCCUCGCAAAUAGCUUCCAAGAUUUACAACAUCAACUAGCGGAGUCUUUGCCCAUAUUCAACGAGUAUGCCAGAGAAGCAAUCACACUACUCGUGUCUCAGUACACCUUACUGAUGAUGGAGUACAUGCAAAUCAUAUCUGGCGGAGAUCAGUUCCUCAACAAAGAAUUGGAACUAGUCAAUUCGGGACAGCGAGACCUGGGGGAUAAUUUUGACAUUCUCCAGCUGUUCUGCUCUUCUAGGUACUAUACGAGGCAUGCAAUAAGAGAGAACUGGACCUACCACGGUGAUCCAAGAGCCAGUAAAGUUGUGAGAAGGUUAUUUGAGUUGUGA